ACUUAAAAAUAAAAUUUUCAGAAAAAUUGAAAAUUUCAGUCGUCUAUAAAUAGCUCGAAAAAAGUUGAAAUAUUUUGAAAAUUAAAUUAUGUAAAAAAAAAAACGCCAAUCUAAAUAACUGAUAAAAUUUUCAAGUAUCUACGACUUAUACUUUUUGAACACCUAAUAACAAAUAUUUAAAAUCGUUUGAGGAUAAAUCGUUAUCGUUACGCUAUUUCGUAAAAAUUUAAAAUUCAAACGCACUUAAAAUUUUUCUUAUAAUGAUGAUUCGAGUUUUCUCUAUAGCUACUUGAAGGAAAACUUAUGGAAAACUUAGUGAUGUAUUUUUAAUCCUUAGUUAUAAACACAAAAAAUUUUAUGAUUUUUCAACUUCAAAAUUACUACUUUCAAAUUUUCGCGUUUUCGACAGAUUUCGUAAAAACUUGAACUAUAAACGCUUAUAAAAAAAAAAAUUGUGACUAACGAUUUUUAAUUUCAACACGUUCUCUGUGUAGAUACAAAAAAAAAAAUAAUAAAAUAAAAAAAAAAACACAACAUUGUAAAAUCAAUGCAUUCAUCGCUCCGCUCAGAAUCUAAAAAUGAAAUACCUAUAUUUAUUUAUUGAAUAAUAAUGACACGUAUAUAAUUUUUUUUUUCAGAUUUUUAGCUUCUGGAGAAACGUACCGUUCUUUAUCUUUUGCUUUUCGUAUAUCACACAGCUAUAUUAGUAUUACAAUACAAAAUACCUUAAAAUCUAUGAAAAAGCAUCUGUUUCCACUUUUUAUACCUAAUCCGAGUAAAUUAAAUAUGAAAGAUAAAGCUCAAGAGUUUUGGACAAGAUGGAAUUUCCCAAAUUGUAUUGGCGCAAUCGAUGGUAAACAUAUUCGAAUGAAGUGCCCAAAAAAUACCGGAACAUUAUAUUUUAACUACAAAGAACAUUUUUCUAUCGUCUUAUUAGCACUAGUAGAUGCGAAUUGUAAAUUUUUAAUCAUUGAUGUUGGAUCCUAUGGCAAAGAAGGAGAUAGUGGCAUAUUUGGAAAAUCAAAAAUGGGACAGCAAAUUUAUUCUGGAGAUUUUAAUUUUCCAGACGACCAAAAACUACCAGGCACUAAUAAUUCUGAACCAUUUGUAGUUGUAGGCGAUGGAGCAUUCAGACUUCACAGACACAUCAUGAAACCAUAUUCUAGAUCUUCAGCUAGACAAGACAGAGCAAAAACUAUUUUUAAUUACAGGUUGAGUCGUUGUUGUAGAGUGACGGAAAAUGCAUUUGGCUUAUUAUCACAAGUUUUUAGAAUAUUUCAUACUGCAAUAGGAACUGAUGUAGAAGUAUGUGACGAUUUAGUAAUUGUCGCGUGUUGUUUGCACAAUAUGUUGAGAGAUGCGUUUUUGGAAAAAGGUAAUAAAAUAUUUUAUGAAUAUGAUGAAGGACAAACUACUGAGAUGGGCACUUUAUGUAGUAGAGGCGGCUUUGCGAGUGCAGAUGGUUUUGAUGUGAGGGAAAAAUUUAAACAAUUUUUUAUUCAAGAAGGAACAGUUUCGUGGCAAAAUCACCAAAUUUUCAGAGUAUCAUCUACCAUUUACCAAUACUUAAAUUAAACUUGUAAUUUGUUUUUUAAAGUCAAUAAAUAAUAAAUGUUAACUGCUGCUAAGUAUAGGUUUAUAUGACGUAUAACAUUUAAAAUAAAUCACGGUCUCACACGAAAAUUCUAACAUUUUACAAUUAUUUGGG